CGAGGUACGUUGUUUUUCCUCUGCGAUCUGCCAUUUUGGAGCGUUGGACGCCUCGUGAUGUCUGCUGUUCAACAGCCUUCGGACAAUGACGCUUGGGCAUUGUUAGCCCUUAAGUCUGCACCGGCCAGUCCUGCAAGAGUAGGAUGGACUCCAGAACCCAAGGAACCUGCUAUUGCCCGAUUAGAAGGAAGAGACUUUGAAUAUUUGAUGCGGCAAGCUCGCGUCACGAUAGGUCGGAAUAGCAGUAAGGGAGAAGUAGACGUAAACAUGGGACACUCGAGCUUCAUAUCUAGAGUUCAUUUAGAAAUUUGUUACGAGCAUCCUAAUUUUUUCAUGAGGUGUGGAGGUAAAAAUGGUAUAUUUAUUGACGGAAUAUUUCAAAGGAAAGGAGCACCCCCUCUGCAACUGCCAAGGACAUGUGUGCUGCGGUUUCCAAGUACAAAUAUCAGAAUAGCAUUUCAAGCACUUAUUGAAGAUAAUGCCCCCAUCCAACCACCACCACCACAGCCACAACCAGAAUCUCCACCUAAGAAAAAGAAUUUGCCUCCACUGAAAAUCAACAUUCCUGAAUCAGUGGAGCAUGCAUUCAGUCCCUGUCCAUCACCUACUGGAACUAUUAGUGCUGCAAAUUCUUGUCCCACAAGUCCUCGAGGAGGAGCCAGGCCAAGUUUUGUUGCAGAUAUUCAGAUGGCAGCACUGAGUGCACAAGCUAAUCCCAGGGAAGAGAGAGACAGUAUUCCCACCCCCACAGAUAGUGCCAGCAGUAGCCCAAGGGAUGACUCCAAACCGCCUUACUCAUACGCCCAGUUAAUUGUACAGGCUAUCACAUCAGCUCAAGACAAACAGUUAACACUCAGUGGCAUAUAUGCAUAUAUUACAAAAAAUUAUCCUUAUUACCGAACAGCAGAUAAAGGAUGGCAGAAUUCAAUUAGGCACAAUCUAUCACUUAAUAGAUAUUUUGUAAAAGUACCUCGGUCACAAGAAGAACCAGGGAAAGGGUCCUUUUGGAGAAUUGAUCCAGCUUCAGAAGCUAAACUUACAGCACAAGCAUUUAGGAGACGGCGUCAGAGAGGUGUGCCUUGCUUUAGAACACCAUUUGGCGGUUUGUCAACAAGGUCAGCACCAGCUUCACCAAGUCACAUGGCUGGAAACUUCACGCCAGACAGUAUGUCAAGAGAGGGAAGUCCUAUCCCUGAAGGUCCAAAUGAAGGAGACAUUCAUCCCGCCGGUACCAUAGUCGCACAUCCUCAGAUACUGGCGGCCCAGACAGCGGCAGACCUCUGUAGGAUAAGUCAGUCAGCACCAAGCUCACCUGGAGUCAACAUAACUACAACGCUGAGUUCAUCAGGUACUUCAGCAGUUCAUCAGUUACCAACCAUGAUUACGAAGCCAAAAGUGAUAGUAACCAAUGCCACACAACUCGUCCUCAAUGGUCCUGCAGGUCAUACAAAUAGCGGGCUUACCAAUGGGACACACAUGGAAAUCAAGAAGGAACAUGGGGCACUAGCAGAUAAAAUUCAAGCUGUUGUAACGGCUGGGGGCCAGGCAACAAUUAAACCUGUCACAUUAGUGCGUAAUACAACUGCUUCCAUACCGGGCUUGACAAGUCAGCAGCAGCAGCAACUAUCGUCCUUGGCAACACACCAAGGCAACGGCCUGCCAACCACAGCCAUCUUGUCACAGCCCAGCAUCAGCACCUUCUCAACGGUCCAGCGUCCCGGAAUCGCCAUCAUCCCUCAGGCUGGUAUGCAGCUGGUGACAACAUCCGCCUCACAACAGCAGGCAGCGAUGUCACAGCCUCAGCUCCUGGUUACCACACUGUCCAAUGUACCGGUUUCAAUGGCAUCAAAGCGGCCAUUAGAAGACUAUCGUGACGAAGAUGGGGUGGAAAAGGAGGCGAAAACUGUGAAACUUGAGAUAAAAGAGGAGAAAGAGUGAGGGAGGGAGUCGUGAAUGAAACACAACCUGGUGAAGUUCAUCUGUGGAAUAUAGCCCUUUAGAAGUGACAUGCAAUGAACUCUCCUUAUUAAGGUCUCUGAUAAUCCCUAAAACAAUUCUGAAUAUUUUUGUUUUAGAAUAUAUCCUUUUUUUCUGUUCCAGUAAUUCUGACACUAUUGCUUUCUAGAACAUUUAAUUCGGGAAUUAAACAUAAGGAAUUAAACAUCCAAGAAACUUCUAUGAUUCAGAAUAUUGUUUUAAACGAUAAUGUUGUAUGAUUAGAUUUAUACGUUGGAAAAAUUAUGGUGUAAAAAACACAAUUCAUCUUGUAUCAAAUUAUUUUUUAUAGUCUGUAAAGUAAACUUGGUUCAGUGUUUGAUGUGGAUCUGAUUUCAUAAGCUAUGUAUGUCCACAGUUAAGAAUUUCUUGUAAAUUGUAAAUUGAAAUGUUCAGAAUAAAUCAGUCUUCAAUAAAUACUACAAGACAUCAACAUUUUGUCUUGAAUAAAUAACACCUUAUUUACUGCUGACUUCUUGACUACGUAGAAAACUGUUUUAAAAGAUUACAAUGGCAUAAUAAACUAAGGGCACUCUCAUUUCUGUAAUCUGUUCAUGAUUUUGUUGCUAUGAUAUCACCAGACAGACCAUUAACCUGUUACUGUGCAGAAGUAUUACACUGAACAAAAUGUACCUAGAGUGAUGGACAAAGAGAGGGGACUUUAUGAAAAUGAAUAUCAAUAUUUAAAGAUGCUGUUCACGAUCAGGAAACAUCGGUCAUUGAUUGUAAUCACACAUUAUAUUCAUUUUAUUCACUGUUCAUUAUCACAGUUGGUAGUUUCAUUACAUUAAGAGGACUGACACUGAAAUCAUAUUGUGUGGAUGAGAUUGCUCUCUAUACUUUACAAUUUUAAAACUACUAUGGUAAAAUUUACGUAUUGAAUAAACUGUUUAGUGUAAUCAAUUUUCUGUUUGAAAUUGUCCAAGCAUACAUUUCCCUCCCUUAAUAAUAGCAAAUUGCCCAAAAGCAAAUAUUUCUAUUGUAUCAGAUUAUAAUGUUUCUGUCCAUUUCUUCAAAAUACCCAGUCUUGAUAUCUGUCAUAAUAAAGUUGUCAAUUUCCAAAAUAUGUUCUUGAAAAUUCCAUAAAAAAAUACAAUACGGGUCAAGGCAAGUGGAUACAACACAUUUUGCUAAAAUUAGGUGAAUGCACAGAAAGGAAUAAAAUUCAUUACAAUAGUUCUUCACCACUGAUGAUGUCAUUGAUGUCUUAAACCCAUGCUUCUGAAAAUUUCUGACAGGAAAUGUGAAAUUAUCAAUAUCUUGAGAGUCAUUGUGUCUUAAAUUAGUUAAAUGAUUAAAUAAUUUGAUAAUGAUUUGUUACUACAACAGAAGUAAAAUGAGACUUCUAGAUUGGUACUUUUGUGUCUGUACAGCCAGCAAACAAAACACUCAUUGAAAUUGUUGAAGUUGAUACAUUUGGUAUAGAAUUAUGCUCUAAUAAGAUAGUGAUUGUUCAGUACAUCAAGUUCUGAUAGACAUUUUUAUUGUCAGUAAUAAUUGAAUCAAAUUGUUAUUGGAACUAAAUCAUCUUGGAACUACAUUGAGUGAUAACUAAAUCAUUGGAUGAUGAUUGAAAUAAAUCAUGAUUGAACUUGUUAAUAUGAAAUCAUGAUUAUAGUUAUGUACUAUAAAUAUAGAUCUAUUUGACAGUCAAUAUUGUUCUAACAUAACUUUAUUUUGUACCUUUUUUCUGCUAUAAGUAUUUUAAUGUACCGUCUGACGGAGGCAGAAAUUGGGUUUCAUUUCAAUGUAAAUCACUUACAUUUCACUCUCCUACUGUGUAUUGUAUUAUAGAUGCUCCAGUGUUUUAAUUUCCUCUUCACAAAAUACAUCAGACAAAUAUGUAAAUAAAAGAUGUUAUCUUGCUGAUGGAAAUCUAAGAAAAUAUGAAAAUGAUUGUUUCGAAGAAAAAAAUGUAUUUAUACUUUGUGUAUAGCUUUUGCGAUAUUGUGAUGUACAAAUUUAUGUAUGGAACACAGCUGUGUUGUCAAACACAAAGGAGAAUGUUUUCAGAGGAAAAUUUUAAAAUAGAUUAAAUCUAAAUCAGGUGUUGCUAAUAUUACAAAUUAGAAUUAUCAAAUUUUAAUUUCUUCUAGAAAGUUUUGCUGGAGUAACAGUUCUGCAGGGGAAAUGGUUUAAUAAUCAAAGAAACAAAAAAAUGCUGUUGAAAACAUAUUUUUUAAAUGUUUAGUUAAAUAUAUGUUAUUGAAUACUAUGUAUAUAUAUAUAUAUAUAAAUCUAUAUAUAUAUAUAUUGGACGUGCAUUUCCUGAUUUAUUGUAACCAGCAAUAAGCAGAGAUGUCCUCCAAGAGAAAGGACCCUGUGAAGUAUAUAUAUUUAUAUAUAUAUAAUAUUGUCAAAAUAGUGCUUCUUGUUAAAUAUGUUUGGAUACCAAUAAUUCUUUGUGAGGAGUUAAGUUGUGGAUGAGAAUUUUUGUAGUCUGGGUGAGUUUGUUUUGUUCUUUUUAUAGAAAUUAUCCUUUUUCUUUUAUAAAAGAAAAAGAUUUUGUUCUAGACUUCUUUUUAUUUCAUAUGUAGUCCUCUUCCAUCUUCAGAUUUUUAAUUAUUAUUGUAUCUUAUUCAUAAAAAAAUAAUAAAAAUUUCAGUUUUGCAGGCAGCUCAAGACAAAUUGUUCCCUAGAUAGUUUAAAGAAAAUACAUUAUCUUUUGUUGGAAUUAGUCACAUUAAAUUUUCAUUUCUUCAACCAUCACAUGUGCUAUUAUAUUAUCCAACAUUUGAUAGUGUUUUUGGGAAUAGCAUUACUAGUAUUGGCUACAAAGUGCAUCAAAAGGAACGGAUUUAAAAGAUAAAGUAUUAGAAGGAUAUCUUCAAAAAAAUAUUCUUUGAAACUUCUGCUUUCAGUUUAUUUCUAGUCUUUCCAAAUAUGAUCUAGGUUAUGUUAAUUCAGUGAACACUACUGUGUACAUUGUGAUGAAUAUCCAAUGUAAGAGGUUGGGGAGACAUGAAAAGAGUGUUGCAGAAGGUUUGCGAAAAAAUUCAGAUGUAAAAUUUGAUGCCUGAACCUUGACUAGGCCCUUUUCUUCAUCUUCUAGAGCUAAGCCCAAUACCUCUAUGUGGUAAAAUAUAUAUCUCUUGGUAGUUUGUUCUGUUUGGGGUUGAAUCAAGUUCUCAUGUAAAAAGAAACAUUAAAAAUGAAAAACUACUAUGUUGAUAAAAGCUUUUUUUCUGGUUUUUGUGACAAUUGUAUCGGACAUAAAAACAUGUUGGGGUUUAUAGAAUUAUAGCUCUGGCAUGAGAUGUAUCAACAUUUGCAGCUAUAUCUUCUAGUCUUAAUUGAGCUAUUGGGUUUUAUUGGUGUCUGGAGUAAAAAGAGGUGGCAAAAUUUCUUUAGUACUUGUGUAGUGUUCAAAAUCUACACACAUUGUAAUCUAAAGCAUUGAUGUAUAUAUUACAUAUAUACUGACAAUAUGGCAGCUAGGGGUAGGUAGUAUUUCAGAGCAAGAUCUACUGUAGGAGCAUUGUCAGAAAAGAUUGAAUUCUUACAACACAUCGGGAUUCAGUAUUAAAAGAUUAUCAGUGCAAAUUUGUUUUCUCUCAAAAAAUUUUGCAUCCAAAGUUUGUUUUAGUCUGUUUAUGUAAAUGUGUGUGUAUUAGGAUUGUGUGAAAGAUGGGAGACAUUUUAGAUGCAUGAAAUAUAUUUAAGUUGUCUCUGCUCUGUUGAAUAUGUUAUCGUUGGUCGUUUCUUACUUCUGAAAUACCAAUAUGUUAAUUAGGGGUUUCUCAUGUAUUUAGAAGAAAUUCCAAAGAAUGUUUUAGUAACAUUUGCUGUCUAUAUUUUAACUCUGUGGUUGCCUCCUUUUAGGUACAAUGUAUAUACUAGGUAUGUUUAAAAAAAAAAAACAGCUAAAGAAUGUUGUAUCUUGGCAAGUCCCAGAAAAAUGGAGCUGAAUUAGCGAAAGGGAUGUCAUUGAAGUGUAUUUUUACAUACAUUGUCUUAUGUAUGUGUAGGUUUUUAACCAUUUUUGCAGUACAGUAUUUUGUGACAUCUUGCUCUUACUUGCUCCUAUUGUAUAUUGUUUGUUCAGGUCUAUCUCGAUACAAUGUUGCGCUAUCCAGUACACAACUAGCCACAGUGCGAGGUAGUAACACCUUGGGAAGAGCUGUAAAUACGAAGCCCACCCGUCCUGGUUCAGUAUUUAUUGUCAUUUGUGUGCUAGUAGAAGAGUAUGGUUUGUCGGUUCCUUAUAUCUGGUGUAUUUUGUAGGGAAAUACCUCCUGAUGAAACAAUUUGUACAUUUCGCUUGUUUUCUGUCGCUCGUCACUCAUGAUUUCAUGUGUACAUUAUACAUGGAUAGAACUGUCCGUGAUUUGUUUAAGUGUAGCAUGUUUUCUAUACAGAUGGCAUUGUCCGUUACUUCUGCCAGGGCUAUCUUGGCAUGUGUAAUAAACAUGUUGUUUUAAUCCAU